AUGACGUCUCUCUCACGCUCCAAAGACGGCUACUAUGGUACUCUUUGCAAUCCACCCUUCAACGCUCUCUCCUAUACAUGGGGCAGAUUUGCUCUCGAAAAGGGGUUGGCUCUUGAUGUCUCGGGGAUCAGCUGGCAGAUCCCUCGCAUUGCCCCAAAUCAUUUUACAGUUACUGGGUUCCAGAACGUACUCAGGAAAGCUGCUGCUCCGAAUGGCCUUGUAUGGGUAGACAUUGCUUGUAUUGAUCAAGAGAAUCUGGACGUCAAGAUGGAUGAGAUUGGAAAACAGUGCGACAUCUUCCGCCUGGCUGGUCAAGUCUAUAUUUGGUUGACAUCACUUGAGUCUGAGUUCUGUAGGGAUUCAAUGGUAGCUCUCGAACACUUCGCUGACCACUUAGAGCGUAUGGAGCUAGCCGAAAACACCAGUGAGUACAAAGCCGUGGAUUUCCUUGAGCAGAUCCUGGGAGAUACCGCGAGUGUUAGAUGCAAACUUGGAUCAAUCUUCAGGGAUCCUUGGUUUUCUUCUUUGUGGACCUUACAAGAGGCCUGUCUUUGCGAGCACGCUAUCCUCCUUACUGAGUCUGGACAUACUGUCCCGAAGCCAUACCGUCUCGCGCACCGCUUGAAGACCCCUCCACUUCUAGAGCAUUUGAUUUCUGAUUGCCAGACCAUCAAGACGAGCUUGUUACCUUAUGCAGAGUAUAGCGAAGAAAUCAAGGACAUUCUUUUGAUUGUAGAUCGAUCAGGACUGAGCUUCAUAAAUCCCGGCAUGAAUGCGAGUGCUGGCUCUCUGUUGCUGUACUCUGCUGCACGCUAUCGGACGACUACAAAUCCACUUGAUCGCAUCUAUGGCAUCAUGCAGGCUUUCGAAUUCAGUUUAGGUACUUCGAAAGAGCCGGGAAAACAGUUUACCCUGCCAGAGCUUGAGGAUCAGCUUGGAGAAGCCCUAAACUCCCUGUCGCCUAUGACUGCACAGAUGCAUGUCCACACGACUCCACCAGUAUUAGGUUCGGCUUGGCGACCAUCAAAUUCUUCGUGGUUGCCCGAUGUAUAUUACAUGGCCCACUCUGUCAGAUCGAUGAGUACGAUUGCUCGAGAUGUUGGCAAGCGACCUGUGUACACAGGCAAGAUUUGCCCCCUUUCAAAGCUGCACAGCUUUUGGAAUGAAGCAACUGCGUACGGAGAACAACUUUUCGCUACUCUAGGCCCCAAGUGGCAACAUUAUCCCGUCAAUAUUCAUCUUGACGCGACGGCGCAAGGCCCCCAAGAGCCUCCACACAACGUGCGACAGGUGCAGAGUGUAAGGCAGCCGCCAAGCUCUUGUCCUUGUAAGAGUUGUACAGAACCACCGAGACGACAGAAUGAUGGUUUACUCCGGUUCCUGAACGCAAUGCCAAUGCCAGAAACGGAGUAUGAGGUUCUGUUGCUGGGGCUGUGCACCCUUACACGCUGGACCCGCCCCACAACCGAAGGGUUUAAGGGAAGCUCAAGCUACACAGUUGCAGCUCGCGCAGGCCUCUUGGUCGUGAAGGAGCCAUCAUUGGGCAAUACAGUGUGGCGUCGAGUCGGAAUCGCCUCUUGGGAGGCUGGGUAUGGGGAGUUAAAGGCGGUGCAUGAGGCGCUUUGGGAUCCAUGUCAAUGCUAUCUCUCAUAG